GCUCCGACGUGCGCGCGCCCGGUCUUGUGACGUCGCCAAAGGUCACGCGCACGCAGUACAAAACUACCAACAAUAGCGAAUGAGCCGUUGAAGUGGAAUUGAGCGAGUUUUCACCGAGGACGGACUCUCUGGCGCCAGGUUAUGAUGUGUGAUAUGAGCUGCACUUCUCUCAAGCUGACACUUUAAACAAACAUCAGUGGAUCAUCGCCAAGGAAGUGUUUGGAGCAUGUGGGCCAGUUGUUGUAACUGGCUCUGUCUGGACUCAUCCACUGUGGAGGAGAACAGUAGUCGCAGAUCUAGCUCACGCCAUCAGGCGUAUACUAACUCGGGCUACAACAGCUACCCAUCUCCCACUGCUCCGGAGCACAUAUGUAAGGGAUGUGGGGGCCGUUUUGAUGCUCUUGAAAGAAAGCAUGUAUGUGUAGACUGCAAAAAGAAUUACUGUAGUCGCUGCUCAGCCCAGUUAGAGCCUCGUCCGCGACUCUGCCACACUUGUCAGCGUUUCCAUGGUACGAUGUUUGAGCGGGCGGAGCUGAUGAAGCUAAAAGUUAAAGACUUGAGGGACUACCUUCAUUUGCAUGAAGUCCCAACGCAAAUGUGCAGAGAAAAAGAGGAGCUUGUAGAAUUGGUCCUCGGUCAGCAUACUCCUACCUCUGACGUGUCAACACCAAGCGACGAACAUGUACACACAUCCCUAUCUGAGCAGGAAAUGAUUUCGGAACCCAGCACAAUCAGCGAGCAACCCUCUACAGGGAGUGGAGUUAUGACAGACCUGACUUCCCAGUCACAGAGUGCAGUGGACGAGCAGAUUGGGUCAGUGGCAGAAGAGCCAGUUGAUGUUGAGGAAACAGAGCUUCAGGGGGCACAGGAAUGCCAGUCAUCAGACUCGGAUGAGCCGUUGCCCUCGGGUCGGCGGGCUUCUCUCUCAGACAUUUCCUCAGUGGAAGAUAUCGAGGCUCUCAGUGUGCGUCAGUUAAAGGAAAUCUUGGCCAGGAACUUCGUCAACUACAAGGGCUGUUGUGAAAAAUGGGAACUGAUGGAGCGAGUCACACGACUCUAUCAUGACCAGAAGGAUCUGCAGAACCUGGAUUCUACAGAAGCGACCACCAUGGAAGAAAACUUGUGUAAGAUCUGCAUGGACUCGCCGAUCGACUGUGUGCUCCUGGAAUGUGGACACAUGGUCACGUGCACGAAGUGCGGCAAGCGCAUGAGCGAAUGCCCCAUCUGCAGACAGUAUGUAGUCCCUGUGCACGUUUUCCGAUCCUGAAACAGCAUCUUUGGUCAGGGGAUUACGAACUCUAUCUCCUCUUUUUGAUCAUCUUGAUAUCAACACUUUGCCCAUGAAGAGCCUUCUUCACUCGGCUGCUUCAUUUUAAUUACCAGCAGAGGUGAAAUGGUUGAACUGGGAAUAAUGGUGAAAACUAUACACUAGCAAUAAUUUUUCCCUCUGUGUCUUCUGUUUAGCUGUCACGCAAGUUUGUGUUGAUUAUUUUCAAACUACUGGACUUAUUACAGAGCUGGAACGUUACAUGGGAUUCUAGAUAGUUAAAUAUUCUAAAACAUUUCCCACAGUUCUGUUUUAAACCAGAAUGACCAAUAUCUGUCUUUUUAAAUUGACAUUUCUUGGCAUUUGGCAGAUGUUCUUAUCCAGAGCGACUUAUCCGGACUGACUGUCCACACAAAUACACUGGUUACUUGGAAUACAAUGGCAGCGGGAUCAUGAGCUCUCCAAACCAAAACUUACUCACAUUCCCAAAUAACAAAGCUUAAUUGUACAAUGUCAGUAUUGCAUACCUGCCCAAGCAAAACACAACACUGACACUCCCACGUCACGACAUGAUGACGACUGUAGCCUACAUAGAGCCAACUUUGUGUGAGACAUGUUUGACGAGCGUGAUGAAGCAUGGCGACACCAUGACAGGCCUGAAAAGUCACUGAAUACCACAAACUCUAGGUGAUUUUGAGCAUGCAGUCAGAUAAAGACUGACAGGAAGCAUCUCAUGAUGUCCUAUUCUGACAGGAUUGGUACCUGUUAUUAAGGGUAGAGAAGUCGUUUCUUGGUAUGUAAGAAUGAAAUAAUGCAUAGUACUCAAAUAUACUAAUCUUCACUUAGAGUGCAUUACUUGUGCUACUCUUGCAGUGGUUGAUGAAGAUACUCGCAAUUCAUCUUCACAAGUGAAUUAUUUUUUGUUGUUUGGGUUUUUUUUGGCUUUUUAUUUAGUAAUUAUAAAUGAUCCAUGAGUGAUCACGGAUACAGUCUGAGCUGAGUCUAAAGGCUGCCAGUUCACAAGCCAAUGUAGUUAAUUUGCUAAAAAAAAGCUGCACCAGAAUAAAGGGAAAAGGACAGAAUCCCUGUGAGAAAUCUUUUCUUCGUGAUGAUAUACUAUUCACAGAAUUAGUUUAUUUUUCUAUAAACCUACUCAAUGCUGCACAAAACGAGUGAUUGUACAGAAUUUAAUAUUAUCAUUCAAAACGACUGUUUCUGUAAUUAACAAAGAGA